UUUUGACCUGACAAGGUGACGACUCUUGUACUCUUUGAUUUCUCGUCAACUUUAACGUAAAACGAGAACGAGGACGAGACAAAUUCAAAUAAACAGAGAGUCCUGGGACUCGGCGUUCCUAUAUUAUUAGUAAAUAUUACUAAGUGAAAAAAUGUACAGUACCAGCGAUGCUGACGGUGGAGGUGGAGAUGUGCGUAAAAGCGAAAUUGAAAUGUGCCAACACUUGGAUCCUACCAUUUCCCAGUCUAAUCCACAAAAGACUUCGGACAAGUCAAAGCAGAUGGUUCAAAUUGAUAUACCGGAGCGUGGAUCUUGGUCUUCAAAAAUGGAUUUCAUACUCUCUGUAGUUGGACUAGCAAUUGGCUUGGGAAAUGUGUGGCGCUUUCCGUAUUUGUGCUAUAAAAAUGGUGGCGGCGCCUUUAUUUUGCCAUAUAUAUUGACUUUGUUUUUGGCCGGAAUACCUAUGUUUUUUAUGGAGUUGGCAUUAGGUCAGAUGCUGACCAUCGGUGGCUUGGGUGUAUUCAAAAUUGCGCCAAUAUUUAAAGGAAUUGGAUAUGCUGCUGCCGUCAUGUCCUGUUGGAUGAAUGUAUAUUACAUUGUCAUUCUGGCCUGGGCAGUAUUUUAUUUCUUUAUGUCCAUGAAAUCGGAUGUCCCGUGGCGAUCUUGCAACAAUUGGUGGAAUACCGUCAACUGUGUCAGUCAAUACGAACGAAAAAAUCUAAAUUGUUGGGAUAAAAUAAUUAAUGGAACAGCAAAAAAAGUCUGCUCUGUAGCUGCUACAAACAUUACAUCAUCUGAGCUUACGGAUCCAGUUAAAGAGUUUUGGGAACGACGCGCUCUUCAAAUAUCGCAUGGCAUUGAAGAAAUUGGUAAUAUUCGUUGGGAAUUGGCCGGAACUUUGCUGCUUGUUUGGAUUCUAUGCUAUUUCUGCAUCUGGAAGGGUGUCAAGUGGACGGGGAAAGUCGUAUAUUUCACAGCUCUAUUUCCUUACGUUCUGCUGACAGUUUUACUGAUUCGGGGCAUAACCUUGCCUGGUGCUUUCGAGGGUAUCAAGUUUUAUGUGAUACCUAACUUCACCAAGUUGGGUCACUCGGAGGUCUGGAUUGAUGCUGUCACCCAAAUAUUUUUCUCCUAUGGACUGGGACUUGGUACUCUGGUGGCCUUGGGAAGUUACAACAAAUUUACAAAUAAUGUUUACAAAGACGCCCUAAUAGUCUGUACAGUUAAUUCAAGUACAAGCAUGUUUGCUGGAUUUGUAAUAUUUUCAGUCAUUGGAUUUAUGGCUCACGAACAGCAGCGACCAGUGGCUGAAGUGGCAGCAUCAGGUCCUGGGCUUGCUUUCUUGGUCUAUCCAUCAGCGGUUUUACAGUUACCGGGGUCUCCCAUGUGGUCUUGUUUGUUCUUUUUCAUGCUGCUACUUAUCGGUUUGGACUCACAAUUUUGUACAAUGGAGGGAUUUAUAACCGCAAUAAUUGAUGAAUGGCCACAAUUAUUGCGAAAACGAAAAGAAAUAUUUAUUGCCGUUGUCUGUGCGCUGAGUUACUUGGUUGGAUUAACCUGUAUUACUCAAGGCGGCAUGUAUAUAUUCCAAAUUUUGGAUUCAUAUGCUGUUAGCGGCUUUUGCUUGCUUUGGCUCAUAUUUUUUGAAUGCGUUUCUAUAUCGUGGUGUUAUGGGGUGGAUCGUUUCUAUGAUGGUAUCAAGGAUAUGAUUGGUUACUAUCCAACAGUUUGGUGGAAGUUCUGUUGGUGUGUCACCACACCAGCUAUAUGUGUGGGCGUAUUUUUCUUUAAUAUUGUACAAUGGACGCCUAUAAAGUACUUGGACUAUAGCUAUCCAUGGUGGGCGCAUGCCUUUGGUUGGUUCACAGCGUUGUCAUCUAUGCUCUAUAUACCAGUUUAUAUGUUUUGGUUAUGGAAACGUACACCUGGUGAUCUAAGUGAGAAAAUCCGUGCUAUUGUACGGAUAGAUGAAGAUGUCUCACGUUUACGAGAGAAAAUGCAAAGAGAAGCUUAUGCCAAGGAGGCUGAUUUCUCUUUAUAAAUAUUUAUUAAUCCUAAGCUAAGCUAAACUUAUAUAAAUUAUUUAAAUUACUAAUUCGUUUAGCAUUUUAUUUUCAUGUUUAUUAUAAAUUGGUCAAUUUAAGUAAAAUUGCGUUGUCUUCUUGAUAUUGUUGGAAUCAAGUUUUUCUUUUUUUGAUCUAAAAAAACCUUUUAACUAGUCUAAAUGAAGAGAGUUUUAGGUGUUUUUUUAUGGAGUACUUACUCAAAAAGUAGAACAACGUUUACACCAUAUCUAAAGUGAUAAGAAUAUUCUGUUAGUAAACAAAUUAUCCCCAUCAUAUUGUCAUACAUUCAUCAUACGUUCUUAACUGACAAGAGUCCUGUUUUCAUCCAUUAGUUUAGGUUAAAUACAAAUUAAAUAAGAAAUUAAAACAUGUACCGAAUCCUAAAAAUUAAUAAUAUAAGUAAGUCUUGGAGUUUAUUUAGUUAUUUAAUAAACUUUUGUAAUAACUUAAAAUAAACGAUAGAAGAAUAAGAAACACAGUUCUAAUGUAAUAUAAAAAUAUGUCUUUAUAUUACAUAUGUUAUACAUAAUAUACUUAUAGAGUUUCUGAGCAGAGAGAGCUUCUCUAAUGUUAUCAUAAAAAUGUCCCAUUGUUGCUUUGUUGUGUCAAAUAAAAUAAGAAUAUGAAACUGAA